GGCGGGACGGGGCGGGAGCGCGCACAGACCGGUUGCCCGCGGAGCGAGUGGACGGACGGACGGUAAAUGGCGGACAUGGCGUGUUACCACAGACCCGACGCUUGCACGCUGCAGGCCCUGAAGGACAUGGCGAACACGCUGCGGAUACACUCCAUCACCGCCACCACCGAGGCCGGUUCCGGACAUCCUACAUCAUGCUGCAGUGCCGCAGAGAUCAUGUCUGUCCUGUUCUUCCACAACAUGAAAUUAAAAGUACAAGAACCCCGGAAUCCCAACAAUGAUCGCUUUGUACUCUCAAAGGGCCACGCAGCUCCGAUACUGUAUGCGGUCUGGGCAGAGCUUGGGUUCCUGUGUGUGGGUCAGUUAACGACAUUAAGGAAAAUGGAUUCCCUUCUUGAAGGGCACCCUGUUCCAAAACUGGAGUUUGUUGAUGUUGCUACUGGAUCUUUAGGACAAGGUCUUGGGGCUGCGGCGGGAAUGGCUUACACUGGGAAGCAUUUUGAUAAAGCCAGUUACCGUGUAUACUGUUUACUGGGAGAUGGAGAAUCAUCGGAAGGCUCGGUCUGGGAGGCUAUGGCGUUUGCUUCUCACUACAAGCUUGACAACUUGAUGGCGAUUUUAGACGUGAACCGCUUGGGUCAAAGUGACCCUGCUCCUCUGCAACAUAAAAUUGAAGUCUAUCGCAAACGUUGUGAAGCUUUUGGCUGGCAUACUGAAGUUGUGGAUGGACACAGUGUUGAAGAACUCUGCAAAGCUUUUUGGCAAGCCGGCAUGAUCAACGGCAAACCAACCAUGAUUAUUGCUAAGACCUUUAAAGGAAAAGGCAUCGAAGGUAUUGAGGAUAAAGAAAAUUGGCAUGGUAAAGCCAUUCCAAAGGAUGAAGUGGAAGCAGUUAUUAAUUCAAUCCAAGCUUUAAUCACGAAUGAGAAGAAGCUUGCCCCAGGCCAGCCAACGGAGGAUGCCCCACCUGUCUGCCUCCAAAAUAUUAAACUAUCUGCACCACCUGCAUACAAACACCUGGAGAAGGUGGCCACCAGGAAGGCAUAUGGGACUGCACUGGCAAAGCUGGGUCAUGACAAUAAAAAUGUCAUCGCUCUGGAUUGUGACGUCAAGAACUCCACUUUCUCCGAUGUGUUCAAGAAAGCACAUCCCAAGCGUUUUAUUGAAUGUUUCAUUGCAGAACAGAACAUGGUGAGUGUUGCCGUCGGCUGUUGUACACGGGACCGGACUGUUGCGUUUGCCAGCACUUUCUCAACUUUUUUCUGCCGAGCAUUUGAUCAGCUUCGUAUGGCAGCCAUUUCUGAGAGUAAUAUUAAUCUUGUUGGAUCCCACUGUGGUAUCUCAAUUGGUGAGGAUGGGCCUUCACAGAUGGGCCUGGAGGAUCUGGCUCUGUUCCGCGCCAUUCCCACCUCAACAAUCUUCUAUCCAAGCGACGCUGUCUCCACUGAACGUGCAGUGGAACUAGCUGCUAACACCAAGGGUAUCUGCUUCAUUCGAACCAGUCGACCAGAGACGACAAUAAUUUACAAAAACACUGAAGUUUUUGAGGUUGGAAAAGCUAAGGUUCUGCGGAAGACCAAUAAGGAUGUACUGACAGUUAUUGCUGCGGGCGUGACAAUGCGCGAGGCAUUGGCUGCAGCUGCGGAACUGGCCGAAGAGGGUAUAUACAUUCGAGUGAUUGAUCCAUUUACUAUCAAGCCCAUUGAUGAUCAAACAAUCAUUUCUUGUACUAAAUGCACCAAACUGAAGAGGGUUAUCACUGUGGAAGACCACUAUUACGAAGGUGGUCUUGGUGAAGCAGUGACAGCUGCACUUGCUCUGGAUCCUGUGAUAAAGGUGCACCGCAUGGCAGUGUCUGGCGUGGCAUUCAGCGCUACGUCAGCCGAGCUCAUGGAGAAGUUUGAGAUUGAUGCAAAAGCAAUAGUGAAAACUGUGAAAGAGCUCAGUGAAGACCUGUACUAGUCCCCAGGUCGUGGGCUAGCGGUUGAUCGCUUUCUGUCAUUUGUUUGUAAUAGCAAGCUGCUUCAUGUGUUUCGUGGAUUUGCGUAAUUAGUAAACUUGAAAAUGAACUAAGGAAGUUAACUUGGGAAAUAUUGAAGUAAUCUCUUUAGUGACUAGUGUUGGCUGUGACGGUUUACGGCCAUUGGGAGCAUGUUCUGUUCUGGUGCUAUUAAUGUUCACAAACAUAUCAAUGUAAUGGUUCUGUUUUGGUGCUGCACUAAUAUUCGCAAAACACGUCAACUCAGGUGUGUGGUUGUCUCUGGUCCCUGAUUUAGUUUAAAGCAGCACUUGUAGAAAGCCAUCCCAUGCCUAUUUGUCCUGGAGGUCCCUGUGGCCAGAAUAUGUUCAGCUCUCAGCAACAAUCACAUUUACCCCAAGCUGCUGUUUCAGACUAAACCAACCAAGCACAACCACAGCAUACUGUUUCACUGUGUACAGUUUCAGCUGUCCAUUCUCACGUCUCACUUCUUACUUCCCCCUCUAUAAACGUGCCCACCGAUGUAGUUUUCUCCAUCAUUCUUGGCAUUUCAGACCCUCUCAUCCCGUGCUUUCCUGCACCUGCCUCACCUUAUCAAAUCCAACUUAUAACUAAUAAAAAUACCUUUAUUUUUUUUAAAUGGUGCAAGAUAAAUAACAUUACAAGUCUGAAACGUUCCUGCCUCCGACCCUCUCUCCCCAUUGACAAUAGUUUUUAUAAUGACAUUUUUCUACAAUACAAGGUUUAUUAGGAAUGCAACUGUUGCGUUAGAGUAGUACCACCUUGUACAUCUAUCACCUCUCACCACAAUGUUCAAAUAGCGACCACACAAAGUUGCUGGCAAAUUUCCAGAGUCCGGUAAACUACUUCAGUAGUAAAUAAGAACCAAAGUAACAUUGAAAAUUAGGCUGCUGUUAGUGACAUGCCAGUCAGGUUCACAUAAAGCUGCGUAUGUUUUUUGCUGGGAUCGUUUUUUUUAAUGUUGGAAAGAUUUUAAUUAAAAACAAAGUUAUUUUGAAUGUUACUUAAAUACAUUUUUGACUAUACAAUAAUUUUCAAUGUAAGUGCAUAGUUUAGAAAUGCAGGUUUUCUUGGGGGAAUACUAUAGUACAGCAAGAUAAUAAAAUUUGCACAAACAUGAAA